UUCAAUCUUCUAAAAAUUGUAUAAUAAAAAAAUAUUAUUCAAUGUAUCCUCUUUUAUUUUGGUUUGAUUAGAUACGUUAAGCUUAGUUCGUGAUGUUGCUCUAUGGAUUGCAUCAAAAGAAAAAAGUGGCUUUAUAAUCAAAUCUAGAUUGGAGUUACUAAAUAAAAGCUCUGAAUGUUGUAAAGCAAUCUCAUUGUUGGACAAUGAAGAGAAAAAUUUGCCUAAUAGAUUGAUUCUUUUGAAGCUUGAGAUCCUAUUGCUUAAUAACUAUGAGGUACAAGGUAUAUGUUUUCUAAGAAUGACAGAACUAAAAGUUUUAAGUCUUACAGUUGCAGAUGGUUCUAAGAGGAUUAUUUCCUUGUAUGCUCUUACGUUCCUGCCAAAACUUCGCGCUCUACAUUUGGAGAAUUUUGAGGACUUUUCGUUCCUUGGCAACCUAAGGACACUUGAGAUUCUGAGUUUGCAUGGUUCAAAGUCUGAGGGUUUGGCAGAUGAAUUAGGGAGAUUGGAAAAUCUAAAGAUGUUGGAUCUAAAGAGGUUGGACAAUAUGAACUUUCCUCCUAAUGUCAUUCGAAGGUUGUCUCAGCUAGAGGAGUUAUACCUACCAGGAUUAGAGUAUAGAGAGAUAAGUAACUAUAUCUUUCUCGAGAUAAAAUUUUUGACCAGACUAACAAGACUAUUUCUUGAGGUAUCUUCUCUACAUUUUCCGCUAGAGUUUGAGUUUCCUGAAUUAAAGUAUUACAAUAUAUGCAUAAACUAUAUAAGCAGCAUACAUUAUUCUCGUUUUGAGGAAGCAAGAUCCUUGAAAGUUGAGAAAGUGUUUCCUUACAAUGCAGUUUCCCAAUUACUUGGGAAUUUAGAGUCUCUACAAGUGUCACGUAUCGAGGAUGAGUAUGUAGAAUGCUUGACUAAUAAAACACAACAAAAGGUGUCAGUAUCAAUGAUCUUACGAGACCUUAAAGUAGUGAGAAUUGAAUACUGCAAGAAUCUAAAAGUGGUAUUUCAAAUGGAGGAGGUGGAAGAAAAUGAAGCUUCGCUCCUUUCAAAUUUAAAGAUUUUACAUCUUCAAAACUUACUAGAUUUGAGUUGCAUAUGGGAAUUGCCAACCCAACAUGUAAGACUUGAAAGCUUAGUUGAAUUGACUAUACGAAUGUGCCCACGUUUGAAAUCACUCUUUUCACUUUCUCUUGCUCAAAGUCUCGUACUCUUGGAAAAACUUCACAUAAUGCACUGCUAUGAAUUGAAGCAAAUAGUGGAAGAAUUGGAAGGUGACGAGGGAGAAAUAUCAUGGACCAUCAAUUCUCUUACUUUAUUAUGCCUCCCAAAAUUAACAGAGCUCAGCAUAUGUAAGUGUGAUGGUUUGGAGUAUAUUUUUCCGACGUCGCUAGCACCACAAGGGCUUCAGGGUUUGACUCUUCACAUAAUGUCUUGCCCUCAAUUAAAACAAGUGUUCAGGGUGGGAAAUGACAGUAUGGUCCAACACCAGCAGUCCUUGAGAUCAUUAUCGUUCUUUUCAGUGUCAUCUUGCCCUCAAUUAACUGAUUCGAUUGUUCAUUUUGAAGCGGAGGAAGCUCGCAUCGAGGGUGUUCCACUAUCAGCAUUCAAGGAUUCCUUCAAAAUUUCGAAACAACUUGAACUAACAGCAAUCAAGGAUCAUAAUCUGGUUCCAGAAGCUAAUGAAGAUGGACUAAAUGGAGUAAUUUCACUUCGACUUCGGGAUUGCACGUAUCUCGAAUGCUUGGUUGAUACCACCACUACUGCAACAAAGAAUGGACCAGCUUCAGCAUUCACUCAUUUGGAGACAUUAAAUAUAGAAUAUAUGGAUGGGUUUGAAGCCUUAUGCAAGGGUCAGCCUCCACAAGGUUUCCUCAAAAACUUGAAACAUCUGGAAGUUUCCGCAUGUUCCAAGUUCCAAUUGGCGGAUGAGCUCUUUCAUAACAGAGAAGAAAAUCAAGAGCACCCACUUUCAAAUUUACAAUCUUUGGUUCUCUAUAAAUUACCAGAAUUGAGAUGGAUAUUCAAAGGCUCACCCCACUCUUUCACCCUCCAGAGUCUUAAGGUUGUAAACAUAGAUCGAUGCAGAAAAUUGAAAUCCCUUUUUUCACCUUCCCUUAUUCAAAGCCGAGUGCUUUUAGAAGAACUCAAGAUACGAGGCUGCCAAGAAUUGGUAACUCUUUUCCCUGAUGGUGAAAUAGAAUCGAAGACUUCUUCCCUUCCUCUCUGCUUGCCCAAAUUGAAAACUCUUCGCAUCAAUGUUUGUUCAAAACUGGAAUAUGUUGUGCCAGUCACUUUGGCUCAACCUCUUCCUGCUCUUGCAUUGCUUUCGGUUUCUUAUUGUGAUGAAUUAAAGCAAGUAUUCGGCAUGCCAAAUGAACAAGAUGGAGUUCAACACCUUGAUAGCCUGCUCCUUCCAAGUCUACAAGAUCUGGAACUUAUUUGGUUACGAAACUUGACUAGUUUUGCCCCACAAAACUAUGUUGUCAAAGCACCAUCUUUGAAAAGAUUGGAAGCUUAUGGUUGUUCUAGAGUGAUGAACCUUCCCAUUCAACAAGCCAACAAUCAGCUGCAGUUAACGUUAGGGGGGGUUGAAUUAUCUGCAUUCAAGGAAAUGCUAUGCAAUACAAAAGAUCUUAUUCUUGAAGAUUUAGAGGAUCACAAAAAUCUUGUCCCAGAUCUUGUGGAUUUGGAGCAUCUAGACGGAUUAACUUCCCUCUCUAUUAACAGCUGGAGGGGGGGUGAAUGCUUGAUUGAUACAACUCAAGCAAUAAUGGAUUUCAAAUGCAAUGACCAACCUCCGAAGUGUUUCUUGCAAAAUCUCAAAAUUUUGAGAGUUAUUGAUUGUGAAAAAUUCUCAAAGUUGUUUCGUAUCAAUGAUGGAAUAGAAUCAAAAGCACAUUAUUUGCCAAACUUGAAAACUGUGGAGAUUAGAGGAUGCCCAAGUUUAGAAUAUGUUUUCCCACAUGCUUCAGUUGGAGGUUUUUCUCAUCUACAGAAGAUAGAACUUGUUGAAUUGAGAAAUUUGAGGAGUAUUGUUGGAGGAAACAACAUUUUGGAAGCACCAACUUUGGAAAUUUUAUAUAUGCGAGAAUGUUCAAUAUUUACAAAUUUUACCUAUCAUACAGAAGUUAAGAAGUGGGUUUUCUUAAAGGAGUUGAUCUUCUCUAUGGAAGAUAUAGACAGUGAAGAUGUGAAUUUGUGUGAUUUGAUUGGAAUGCUGUUCGACAAACUUUUGAUCAAAUUCAAGAGCCUGGAGCAGUUUUUGGUGUUGCGGGUUCAUGCUGGUCAAAGCCGCCUGUGGGAGGGGUGAAGUGCAAUAUUACUGCCAUGUUAUUUAGUGAGGAGAAUGUUGCGGGCUGGUCUGUUGCAGUCCGUUAUGUAGAGGGUGCACUGGUUAAGCGCGUAUCAGGUCAUGUUAAUCCAAUGUUGGCUCCAAAAGUAGCUGAAUUAAACGCAGCAGUCAGGAAGGCGUUAAUGUUAAAAGUUAAUUUGCAAUUUCCAUUCAUGAAUCUAGAGAAUUUGAACAGUUGAGUUUAAAAUUCCUAUGUAUUGAGUCUGUCCAUUUAUGGAAUUUGGAAUUUGAGUAUUUAGAUUAAGAUCCCUACAAGUCUUUAUUAUUCUGUCUAGAAGUUUCUUGUGAGUAAAAUAUAAUAAGCUUGUUGUGUCUGCAGUAGGUGAUGUAAUAAAUGAAAAAGAAUUGUCCCCUUAAUAUCAAAUAAGUUCAUUA